AGCUGGUGUAGGUUUGGUUGGUGCGCAGCGAUCACUGACAAGAGAGGACAAUAUCAAACCCGUAAAGGGGAAAAAAACAGACGAACAGAAGGACUGUCGGAGGAGAAAGUCUGAAACAUAGAAGCAGCCGCCACUGCAGAAUGAACCCAGUUUACAGCCCGGCUCCAACGGGGGUGCCCUACGCUAACCCCAAGGGAAUAGGAUACCCAGCAGGGUUCCCAGUCGGCUACGCCGCUGCUGCGCCCGCGUACUCCCCGAAUGUGUUCCCCGGACCCAACACGGCCUUUCAGACAGGGUUCACACCAGGCACGCCGUAUAAAAUGUCUUGCUCACCAACCACCAGCGCUGUCCCCCCGUACUCCACGUCACCAAACCCGUACCAAGCAGCUGUCUACACUGUGAGAAGUGCCUACCCACAACAGAACCCAUACGCACAGCAGCAAGGCACGUACUUCACGCAGCCGCUGUACGCAGCCCCGCCCCACGUCAUCCACCACACCACGGUGGUACAGCCCAACGGCAUGCCCGCCACCAUGUACGCGCCCCACAUCCACGCGCCCCGCCCCAAUGGCGUUGCCAUGGGCAUGGUGGCUGGCACCACCAUGGCCAUGUCAGCCGGGACCUUGUUGACGACCCACACCCCAGCUCCGGUACCCCCCCACCAAGUCACAGUGCCCACAUACAGGCAGCCUGGCACGCCCACCUACAGCUACGUGCCCCCCCAGUGGUAGGAGAAUGAUGGAGUUGAAGAUUAUAGAUAUGCAUUCAUAUUCAGUCCAGUAUUGUACACUUGGUGCUGAUGCCUUGAUGUCACCGGCCAGGAUUCAAUUCUUCCAAUCAGAUUAAAGAUUAGGGAAAAGUAUCCAAUCAGAGAAAAGAGGCGGAUUGAGAAUCUUCUCAGCCUUGGCACCUCAUGGAAACACUACCAUGACCCAUCCACCCCCCCUUGCUGGACGUCUCGUAUGUACACUGACACGGCUUUCGUCGAAACGUCUUUUUGUGGACUGUCUCAAAACUCUAAACGGCGAAAAGGGAGAAAAAAUAGUUUCGUACGGGACCCGUGUCGAGCCCAAUGCAUGCUCAUAUACACUGGUGUAAAAAAAAAAAAAGCUUGCUAUAUCUACCUGCAGUGACUGAUGCAAAAAUGUCAUAAGCAAAAAUCCAAAGGAAUCAAGUAUAAAGACAAAAAACCUGACAAAAAGCUGACACUCAGUAUCACAGAUGCAAUGUCUUAACGUUACUUAAAACAAGUAUUUCUUUCAAGUGAACAUGUACAUUAAGUUUACUCCAAACUCAGUGCUGUAUACUUUGAACCAACUCUAUAGCUGUUUUUUUUUUUGUUCAUUUUUUAUGUUUGUUUUGUGUCAUGUCAGCGGAAUGGUCAGUUCAUAGCAAACGGUUCAAUAUCGGUGGUUGGUGCUGCAUUGAUGUAUAGUCAAUAUAGCAGUAGAGUAGAGGGAAUUGUUGCGGUGGGUAAAUGGGUCAUCUGUUCUGAACAGGGGGAUUACCUGUUCUUGGCUCUUGACCCGUGUGUGUGUGUGUGUGUGUGUGUGUGUGUGUGUUGGACAGGGCUUCAGAGAAAUCCUGCAGUGUUCCUUCAUUUUCUUUGGUUGUGUUCUUUUCUAGUCUCUUUCGAAUUGGAAACCUGAAAAGGGGAAGAAAAAACAGACCUUACGUAACCUUUAAAGGGUCUUCACUUAUUAAGUGCAUUGGCAUUGUAUUACAUUUCAAUCAUACCAACUACCGGUGUUUUAUAUGUCCUGCUAUUCUUUUGGAAACCUCAAGGUGGCGCCAAAAGAGACCAACUACAACGUUGUCUUUUUCCGAUUUUCCCUCAUUCCUCUAGGUUACCUCAGAUUUGUGGGCUGGGAUAAGGAAGACGUUAAUAUUUUGUUUCGUCCUGCAUUUUUGAGAAAGACCAAAAGCUAUAUACAAUUAUGAGCAUCUUCACCAGUUUCAUUGAUGGGCCAACAGUGACACUUUCUUACUUAUGCAAGAAAAUCAGCCUUGUCUGACCCCACAUAUGUACUCGUCACAGUGAACACGCUGAUUAUAAUGUCGCUAACUACAUCAGCUAGGUCUGUGGAUCAGCCUUCCCUCAUGUAGUUCUCAAAGCAAAGUUUCUUAACAUUUAAAGUGGCAUGCAUGAGAAUAGUGACGAUACACCCAUUUUAGUACCAGAUAUCUAAAAUUAACAUUAAGAGGUUUUGCUCCAUAACUAAAGAUUCAUGUAACUUGAGGGUUGUCCCUAAACCCAGAAUGAAUGGUCUGCAAUAUUUGGACUUCCCAUAUAACCAGCAUGUUUUAUCCAGUUUUGAAAUUUUCAUUCCAACAGUGCUUUGGUCACUGGUUAAUCCAGUAAUUAGUUUCAAAGGCAUUUUAUAAGAAUGUCGCGUUCCUACAAACGCAUUAAACCAUCUGGACCCAAACACUGUCAACGAACUGUGCAGUGAUUGUGCUGUUCAGUCAAGCAAUUCCUUUUUUACAGGCCUACCUUUAUGAUCGCCAGUUGUUGGGCUACGGUUUCCUUAGGGAACGGCUAAAACCAGAAUACAGAUUUCAGCGACAGAUCGCCUCUAUGUCACAGGUAGGCCGUUUUGUUCUCCCUGAAGGAUGAAAAUGGCAGUUCAAGGUGGCUUGCGUGCGAUUAGAUUACUCACAUUCCUCUGAGGUGUCAGAGAGUUUGGUCCAAUUGAAGACAAAUCGCGAUGGGCUUUGUUCCUCAACGAAUUUAAGCACGUUUUCAAGUCAUCAAUUUUAACUUUUCUACUCCUUUAGAAAUGCCAGCAGUUUGGGAGUCAUUGAAAUCAACCAGAACGAAACCACAAUGAAACGUACCGCUUUUCGCAAUUAAAGUUAAGGGCAAAGCACACUGCUAUCAGUGUCGUGUGGGACUAAGGUCCCGAGCUCUGUCCUUUUUUCUACCACAGAUCUGGUAGCGA